AUAGUUAUACACUUGUAAACUUCCGGAUACAUUUGAAAUGGAAUUCUAAACACACAUAAAAAAUGGGAUUUAUUAAUCUACUAAGAGGACAAACGAUUUACUUCAGAAUGAGAAAUAAUUAAUCCAUUGAAAAUUAGAUCUAUAUAGAUCGAGGUGCAAAUAAAUAAACUAACAGAAAAUGGCCAGCACAAGUUUUCAUUCCUCCCAUAUCAUUGGAGGUAACAGACUAAUUGCUAGUAAUCUAAGCAAUCAGUUACCACAACUGAUGGUAGAAACUGAACUACAAAAACUCUUGUCUGAUGAAAAAGCACGAGCUGAAAAACAUAAAAUCAACUACCAGCAACUCAAAGUAGAGCACACAUGUCUUCAAGAAAAAUUGCUAGAAUUAGAGGCAGAGAACAAGUCAACCCUUGAAGAGUCUCGACUGGUGAAAGAAAAAUAUUUAUCUAUGUUUGAGGCUUGUGGCAGAGAACUUGCUGAAAAAGUGGCUGAAAUAAAUGAACUUAAAACAAAGAUGAUAACUCCACAAAGACUUGAACUUAUCAAAUCCCAAAUGCUUGAAGACUUGGAGAAGAUUUACAUUCAGAAAUCUAGGAAACAGGAAGAUGAGGUGGAAGAAUACAGGGCAGCUAUGAGUAAGCUUCGUUAUGAGUUGUCUUUCCUUAAAGCUGAGUAUGAACACAAUCAAACUGAACAUGUCCAACAAAUGCAGGAUUUAGUUAAACAGCAUGACAUUGAGCUGACUAAUUUACGACAAGAUCGUGAUGCAACCAUUACAAAAAUUCAAACUGAAACUGGUAGUGAUUUACAGAAAGUCAGAGUACUGCAAAGAGAUAAUGCACAAUUAAAUCUACAGGUAAAAGAGUUAUUGAAUGAGCUUGAAGAGGUAAGAGCUCUAAAAGAGAAGCUAAGCCUGGAGUCAGAUAACAUUAUGCGGACACAUACCAAGCAGGUCUCUGAACAGAUUUCAACAAUCAGAUCUUUAGAGUCUGAAAGAGAAUCAUUGAAACGCCAAAUAGAAUCAAUUCAUCAUGAGCUGACAGCAGUCAUCACAGAUCAGAAUAAACUCAGAGGAGAGCUGCAUGAAGUCGAAACAAAAAACACCAUUUUGAAAAAUCAUGCUGAAGAGACCAUCCACAGGUCCAAGGUUGACCUUUCUAACCUGAAAAUGGACAUGCUGAAACAGAGGGGAGAGCUUGAGAAAGAAAGGGAUAGACUGAGAAAUGAACUGGAAGAUAUGAAACAACAACUGGACAUUUCACAAGCCAAAGUUCUUCAGUUACAACAUCUGUUGGAGGAGAAAGAGAGAGAUGCUGUGCUAAGGGUUCAAGCAGCCAGAGAGGAAGAGUUUUCUAAGAUUGUCAAAGUGGAAAAUGAAAAGUUUGAAUUAGAAACUAAACUUCAGGAAAUGGAACGCCGCAGAAUUGAUGAUGAAGCUCGUCGCCAUGCAGAUCAAGAGAAAGCUAAUGAUCGUGUCAGCCAAGCCAAUGCAGCCAAAGACCAGGCAGAGAGGGAGUUAAUCAGCAUUAAAGCUCGGCUUGGUCACAUGGAAAGUCUUGAAAGUCAAGUGGAACGAGAACGUUCUGAAAACUCAUUGUUGAAAUCUCAAGUCUAUAAGCUGCAAACUGAAAUCAAUGGCUUUCAUUCUGCUGAAAAUGAGCUGGCAGAUUCCAACAUGAAAAUAAAAAAUAAUGCAGAAUUGUUAAGAGAAGAACUCCAGAUGACUAAAUCCCAGCUUGAGCAACUUCAGAAUAAUCACCAGGUCAUUUUAAUGCAACAACGAUCUGCCAUGGCUGAUGACCGUGUGCAGCUUGAAGGUAGAAUACAUGAGCUAGAGGAAAAAUUAAAUGAAUCUUUAGCCAAAUAUAACAGGGCUUCCGUCAUACAUAAAAAGCUAAAAACAAAAACUGCUUUAAUUACUGAGAAACUGAAGGACAAGUUGAUGUUAUUGAAAGCACAAAAUACAGAGUUGGACCUGGAAAAAAAGGCUUUGCAAAAAUGUGUUCCAUUUGAUAAAUAUAAUCGACUACACAAGCAGUGGAAAGAUCUAUGGCGCCGCCAUAAUGAAUUCAGGACUAUAUUGUUUUCAAUUCCUUCCAGUAGUUCAACUUCUUACAAAAAGAAAGUUUCAGAGGUAUUGCUAGAUGCCUCUACUGUACUGCAACAGUCAGGAUUUGAUAAUGAAUUGGAGGAGCAACAUCAGGAAGAUUUAAAAGUUUUGCGGCUACGACUGGAAGCCUUAGACAAGGUGCAGCAUCAACAACUGGCUGAACUCAUUGACCUUACUCCUCGAGAAAAACAAGACAUUGAGAAGGAUGUUUGUCAAUAUUCUGGCAGCAUCAAGUCUGAUGAAGAACAUUCCAUAAAGUCAAAUGAAUCCUGAACUACUGACAUAUCUUAAAUCAUAUAUAAUUAGUAAAAGUUUAAAUUAUAUUUAUAAAUUUGAUGGAUUUGAUAUUACAUUGUAUGCUUACUUAUACAUUUAUACUUAAAAAUAUUGUUUUAUAUUUAAGAAAGCUGAUAUUUUAAUAAAUGUAUUUUAUACUUUUGUUACUAAUAAUCAAAAUUUUACAUUAGGCUUUAAUAUAACCUUUUUACUAAUUAAACCUUACCAUUUGUUUUUAUUGAAUGUGGAAUAGAGGCUACAUUUAUCUAAUGUAAACUAGAUUAAGUUACAUUGAGCCAAAGUAAGAUUUUUACUUGACAUGUUUUUAUUCUAACUUCUGCCAAUUAUAAUGCACAUCUAUUUAUCAUCUCUGGUUCCAGAGAAUCAAAAGUUUUAAGCUGAUUCAUCUUUUACUACAACUGUAAAAUAUGUUUGUUGAGAAUGGUUCUGCAUGCUAUCUAGAAGAUGUCAAUUCUCCAUUAUAAGUUUCAAAUGUUUCAAUUAUUUGUUGUUUUUUUGAGCAUCAUUCUUUUGUCUGUCUUUUGAUUUUAUUUUUGAUAUAUACAAUAGAUAGGCACAAUAUUUAACUUAGCUUGAGAGAAAAGGAAAGGAAUAUAUUUACUUUUGUGUUCUUAUAGUUGAUAUAUAUAAAUUUACUUUGCAUAUUUGAAUAAUGUUUUUCUCAGCUUCUUAUAGUUAAUCCUAAACUUACCUACAUUGUACAGGGAUUCUUUUUCCUUAUUCAUCAGUGAUUGUGCUAAUAAAUUAAUGCAAUGGAUUUUUUACAGUACUUUUAAAUGUGUAUUUGUCUGGGCUAAUUAUUUUCAAUGGUGGACGCAUUUUUUAUACACCUGACCAGUACUUUAUCUUAUUUCAUUUAUUUAUGUGUUAUAAUAGAAAUAAAUAUUUCUAAAUAUGUAA